GGUAAACUUGUCAAGACUGAAGGAUUUGAGUUACCUGAAGACCACAUGCCAGAUGUACAGGACAUCUACAAAUGCCUAGGUAUCUGGCAGGCAUAUGGAAGCCACGAUGGGGACACAAGGAAGGCUGUAACAUCCAUGUACCUCCAAAAUGUGAGACGUGUCUCAAAAAGCCAGCUGAAUGGGAAGAACAAGAUCAGAGCCAUCAACACAUUUUUGCCCAACCAGUCAUCAGAUAAAAAGCCACAAGUUUGCUGGCCAAGUAAAAAACCAAAAACCGUUGACUUAAGACCCGGAAACUCUUACAUGGAGGAUUCCACCCAAAGUCCAAAGUUGAGUGACCGUAGGAUGGGGACUUGGAAGUGUCAAGGCUAUAGUCCAGGAAGGAAAGAGAAACAUCUAUGAGUAUGUGAGGAAGAUGGCCCUGAAGGAGGACCUGCUUGGAGACCUCCUCAGACAGCAGGCAGUGCAUAUGAAAUAGAAGUGGGUGAAGCAGAGCCAGAGGACCAGAGGCCAUGGCAGGACAAGCCACUGCACGGGAUGUACCAUCGCCAGUUCUCAGAGGAGGCGGACCUAAGAAAUGGCUGGACCUGGCACAGAGGGGCGGCUCCCGGCUGCACAAGAACAGGCGCUGAGCACAAGAGCAAUAGAAACGAGGUCUGUCAAACCAGACAAGACCCAAGAUGCAAACUGUGCAAAGAACCUUCUGAAAGCAUCCAGCACGUAGCAGCAGGGUGCAAAAUGCGGGCAAAAACAGCAUACACUGAAUGGCACAGCCAAGAUGCAGGAAUUAUGUACAGGGACAGAUGCUCUGAAUAUGGAUUGGACACUCCCAAGUCAAAAUGGGAAACACCUGUGAACGUAAAUGGAGAAUGACAAAGCUAAGAUCAUGUGGGUCUUCCAAAUACACACUGAUAAGGAGGUACUGGCCAAUCAACCAGACAUGGUAGUACUGGACAAGGAACAGAAGAGAGCAUUCGUAAUGGAUGAGGCAAUCCUGAAUGACGGUAAUAUCAGGAAGAAAGAUAUGAGAAGCUGGAGAAAUACCAGGGCUUGAAAGAGCAGAUGGGGGGAUGUGGAGGUUAAAGCCAGAAUAAUCCUGGUGGUGAUAGGAGCACUUGGAGUGUGACACCUGGAUAGGGAGGAUGGCUCCAACAAAUCGCAGGAAGAGCAUCUGAGAUCUCAGUCCAGAAGAGUGCACUGCUAGGAACAGGAAGGAUAUUGCGCAGAACUCUGAGGCUGCCACACCUCCGGUAGAGGACCUGGGAUUGAGGGAAGAAUACACAUAUACAUUACCCAUAAGGUGUGAGAAUAUAAUAGUUAAAUUAAAGAAGCAGUGCAAAAAAAUAAAAGUAAAAAGGUAGUGGGGUUGAGUUCAUGGGUUCAAUGUCCAUUCAGAAAUCGGAAGAAUGUGGAGGUUUUCACAGAGUACAGAAAUUUUAUUGGGUUGUAGGAGUGAAUGAGAGACUGUGAAAUGCAGCGCCAUUAGAGGAUUUGAACAAAUGAAUGGACGUAUUUUAGUUUGCUCUCCAGGAACUGUGUUGUUGGAUGAAUGAGACAGCGCACAAUGAAAGGUAAUGUUGAGUGUAUGGGUGUUGGACAUAGCUCAUUGUAAAUUUGCACGGUUGAUUCUGAUGACCUCAAAUCAAAAGAAGAUAAUCGGAGAUUUAGAGUCAAGUAUCGAAACCAACGGCAUCUACACGACACGCUGCAUCCGCAAAGCAAACAGCAUUAUGAAGGACCCCAUGCACCCCUCAUAUAAACUCUUCUCCCUCCUGGGAAAAGGCACCGAAGCAUUCGGGCUCUCACGACCAGACUAUCUAACAGUUUCUUCCCCCAAGCUAUGAGACUCCUCAAUACCCAGAGCCUGGACUAAUACCUUACUGCCCUAUUGUCCUGUUUGUUAUUUAUGGUAUUGCCUGCACUGUUUUGUGCAUUUUAUGCAGUCCUGGGUAGGUCUGUAGUCCAGCGUAGUUGUUUUUUUUAACGUAGUUCAGUCUAGUUUUUGUACUGUGUCAUGUAACACCAUAGUCCUGAAAAACGUUGUCUCAUUUGUACUAUGCACUGUACAUAAUAGAUAUGGUCGAAGUGACAAUAAAAGUGACUUGACUUUUUAGCGAACUCCCACUUCCAUCAUUCAUUGAAGACUACUGAAAACUACAAGUCCCAAAACACCCCAGUGCCACGUUCUGAUCCGCGUCGGAGCUGCAGCCAAUGGCGUGUGCGGAGGAGGUGGAAGUGCUAUGACGACGCGUUACGGACGGCCUGGGGUUCGGCUUGUGGUUUGAACGUGAGCCGGGUGAUGCGGUCCUAAUCGGAGGGUGGAAGGCCGGGGUUCGGGCCGUACUUUCUUCCACUUGCUACGUCGGCAGAUGAUGGAGCGGGCGAUGGAGCAGCUGAACCGGCUGACCCGUUCUUUGAGGCGGGCUCGGACCGUGGAGCUUCCCGAAGAUAAUGAAACUGCAGUUUAUACGUUGAUGCCAAUGGUAAUGGCUGAUCAGCACAGGUCCGUUUCAGAAUUGUUGACAAAUUCAAAAUUUGAUGUUAAUUAUGCUUUUGGUCGUGUCAAGAGAAGCCUGUUGCAUAUUGCUGCGAAUUGUGGCUCUGUUGAAUGCCUUAUUCUGCUUCUGAAGAAAGGUGCAAAUCCAAACUACCAGGAUAUUUCUGGAUGCACUCCCCUUCACCUAGCAGCUCGGAAUGGGCAGAAAAAGUGUAUGGGAAAAUUACUGGAGUAUAGUGCUGAUGUGAACAUCUGCAACAAUGAAGGACUGACUGCAAUUCAUUGGCUCGCUGUCAAUGGCCGCACUGAGCUUCUUCAUGAUCUACUGCAGCAUGUUAGUAAUGUGGAUGUUGAAGAUGCAAUGGGCCAGACUGCUUUACACGUGGCUUGUCAGAAUGGGCAUAAGACGACAGUACUUUGUCUUCUUGACAGUGGUGCGGAUAUUAACAGGCCUAACGUAUCAGGCGCUACUCCUUUGUACUUUGCUUGCAGCCAUGGUCAAAGGGAUACAGCACAGAUCUUGAUUUCAAGAGGUGCCAAAUACUUACCUGACAACAAUGGUGUUACCCCACUGGAUCUCUGUGUGCAGGGUGGAUAUGGGGAAACAUGUGAAAUUUUAAUCCAACACCAUCCCAGGCUCUUUCAAACACUUAUCCAGAUGACACAGAGUGAGGAUAUCAAGGAAAACAUGUUACGCAAGGUUCUUGAGCACUUGUGCCCGCAGAAUGAGAACCAGUAUCAGAAGAUCCUCACCAGUCUUGCUGAGGUUGCCACAACAAAUGGUCACAAACUACUCAGUAUAUCAAGUAACUACGAAGCACAGAUGAAGAGUCUGUUGAAGAUAGUGCGUCUGUUCUGUCAUGUAUUUCGCCUAGGCCCAUCCUCUCCUAGUAAUGGAAAUGACAUGGCUUACAAUGGAAAUAAAACUCCACGAAGCCAAGUUUUCAAGGUCAGAAAAUUGUAUGACGUUAUUAGGAAGAUUGAAGUAAAAGAGCUGAAUUUCACAAAGCAUGCAAACAUUAAUCAGACAUCUCUUGAAAAAGAACCAUUAGAGCUGCUGUGGCAUUCAUUGGAUGAGUGGCUAGUUCUCAUUGCUACUGAACUGAAGAAAAAUCAAGAAGACUCUGCAAUGGAUACCAAAAAUAUCGCUUCCAUUUUACUGAAGCAGAGAGCCCAAGAGCAGAGAGCUGUCGUAAAUGCACAGACCCUUGAUACUGUAAGGAAGGAGGUCUUGGAAAAUCAAUGUGCCAGCUCUGAGAAGGAAGAAGAUAGUGAAGAUCAGAUACAGGAUGCCAGUUCAGAUGGUUUAGAUGUAAUUUCUAUGACAGCAAAUCGACUCAGUGCAGUGAUCCAAGCGUUUUAUAUGUGUUGCUCCUGUCAGAUGCCACAGGGAAUGACGUCACCUCGCUUCAUUGAAUUUGUGUGUAGGCAUGAUGACGUUUUGAAAUGUUUUGUGACCAGAAACCCUAUAAUAAUAUUUGACCACUUUCACUUUCUUCUGGAGUGCCCUGAGUUGAUGUCAAGAUUCAUGCACAUCAUCAAAGCACAGGCCUUCAAAGAUAGAUGUGAGUGGUUCUAUGAACAUCUUCAUGCUAAUCAUCCUGAUUCUGACAUGGUACACAGGCCUGUUAAUGAAAAUGAUAUCUUGCUUGUUCAUCGAGAUUCAAUUUUCCAGAGUAGUUGUGAGGUUGUUUCAAAAGCAAGCUAUGAAAAAUUGAAACAAGGUGUCGCUGUGCGUUUUCAUGGAGAAGAAGGGAUGGGCCAAGGAGUGGUGCGUGAAUGGUUCGACAUACUGUCCAGUGAAAUAAUUAACCCAGACUAUGCACUCUUCACUCAGUCAGCGGAUGGAACUACGUUCCAGCCAAACAGCAAUUCCUCCGUGAAUCCAGACCAUUUGAAUUACUUCCGAUUUGCAGGGCAAAUUCUGGGUUUGGCACUUUAUCACCGACAACUGGUUAACAUCUACUUUACACGUUCAUUUUACAAACAUAUACUUGGUAUCCCUGUAAAUUAUCAAGAUGUGGCAUCCAUUGACCCAGAGUAUGCCAAAAACCUUCAGUGGAUUCUGGAUAAUGAUAUUAGUGACCUUGGGCUGGAACUUACUUUUUCUGUGGAGACUGAUGUAUUUGGCGCAAUGGAAGAAGUACCUUUAAAACCAGGAGGCAUAAGUAUACUUGUGACACAGGAAAAUAAGGCUGAGUACGUCCAGCUGGUUACUGAAUUAAGAAUGACUCGUGCUAUUCAGCCUCAGAUAAAUGCAUUUUUGCAAGGCUUUCACCUGUUCAUCCCAGCAUCCCUAGUUCAGCUUUUUGAUGAAUAUGAACUGGAAUUGCUACUGUCAGGAAUGCCAGAGAUUGACGUGACUGACUGGCAACAUAAUACAGAAUACACCAGUGGCUAUGAUAAAGAAGACCCAGUGAUAAAGUGGUUCUGGGAUGUUGUCAAAGAGUUCACUCAAGAAGAAUGUGUAUUACUAUUACAGUUUGUUACAGGCAGGACUCUGCAGAGAGUGAAGCGGACAGCCCAGUGCAUCUGUAGAUGUGAUCUUCCCACUAUUCAGGACAUUUACAAAGACAGCUCAAGAGUCCCACAUGGUGGCUUUGCUUACCUUAUGGGUGGUAGCGGAUUGCAGAAGUUCACGAUAGCUGCUGUACCUUACACGUCCAACCUCUUACCAACAUCCAGUACCUGCAUUAACAUGUUGAAAUUGCCAGAAUACCCCAGCAAAGAAAACCUGAAAGAUCGAAUUCUCGUGGCAUUACACUGCGGCAGCUAUGGAUAUACCAUGGCAUAAGUAUAUCUAAAGACAUGGAAGUGACUGUAGAAGAGACCUUCAUUCCUCAACUCUGUUCAAUAGUGCUUCCGAUUUUAAAAAGUUUCCAGAUUGAUUUGCAAAUUCACUGUAGCACAUUUGUAUAUGCAUGGCAAGCACUGAUUGCUGAUGUCAAGCAUUAUGCGUGUGUUAUUUUAGAAUUUUUUUAUUUUUAAAAUUGUUAUACAUAACUUAUGCACUUGGGGGAAGGGAUAGGAAUUUGUAAAUUUGCAAUAUAUGUAGAAAAGGUAUUCUGAAAUGCAGACAUACUCUUGGAGUACUUGAAUUAGUGGCUGAAGUAUGCAGGUUCAGUUGCCAAACCUCACUUACAGUGGAGGGUAAGAAAAAGCCAAGGUUUCAUUAUAUUUUUUGUAAGACAAGGACAGACGUUUUAUUUUUUUGUGAAGAUGUUAAUUUUUAGUUUAUUACUCAGUCUUCAUAAUUUAACAUCUUUUUGAGGGAGGGCAUUAUCAUUAGAAAUGACAAAAUAUUUAAUAGAUUCUAACAACCAAAAUUAUUUUACAGAAUUUCUGCCAAAUCUUAACUACCAUCUUAAAUGGAUUAAACUACCUUAUGGAAGUAUUUGUAUAUUGUGAAGUUUAUGUAUAUAUUGCUUUAUCCUGUCCAUUUGAAAAGCAUGGUGCAUCUACCUGGUUUUCUUGACAAUUGCAUGUCUUUUUCUAAAAACGUAUUAAAUUUCUUACUG